CAAGAAAUAUAACAGUUGACGAGAAAAGAAUAUUCAAAAUUGAGCAGUUCCCCUUCCCCUCUAUGAAUUUGAAAUGUAGUAGUUAGUACUCCAUCUCCUCUAUGAAUUUAGGUAGCUUCAAAUUUUCAUAGCUCAUCUCUCUCUGAAAAAUGCGUCCCCAUCUCUUCCCAACCUCCUUUCUAAUCUUUAUGUUCGUGAUCUUCAUUUUACUUCACGCCCCUAAAUGUCUUUGUGCCGAUGAUGAGCAAUUUAUGGCCUGCCGUGAUCAGUUCCUUCGGUGUGGAAACCUUAGGAGCAUUGUCUAUCCUUUCUGGGGAGAGAAUCGACCUGAGUACUGUGGUUACCCAGGUUUCGAGCUAAGUUGCCAAGAAAAUGCCACACUGCUCAAAAUUCUGUCAACAACAUACCGAGUGCUAGGAAUCGAAAACACAGCACAGACUCUCACAGUUGCUAGAGAGGAUUUCUGGAAUAAUGUUUGUCCAAGAAAUCUCUAUAAUGCUACCUUGGAUUCCAAUCUCUUCAGCUAUUCUUCCGAUACCCAGAACUUGACUCUGUACUAUGGUUGCCCUUUGACUCCGGGCCAAACACAACCGGUACUGUCUAACGUUUUGAUUGCACAAUGAACGGUAAUAGCAGCAACGUCGGCUAUUAUGUGUCCUAUUCAAGCACCAAUAGCAAUAGUGAAGCGUCAACGUGCAGUAACAUAACCAUAGUUCAAGUUUAUCAAUCAGCAGUUGAUAAUUUAACUAGCACUCCACCUUCAAUAAGUAUUGAAGCAGCUCUUGACGGUGGUUUUGGGUUGCUGUGGAAGACAAAUGAUACAUCCUGCAGCCAAUGUAUCCAAUCUGGUGGGCAAUGUGGGCAUGAUUCAAUUUCCAAUUUGUUUACAUGCUACUGCGCGGAUCAACCUUAUUCAUCGGUGUGUAAUGGGACUCAAAGCGGAACUGUCAUGAAGUGGUGGAAAUGGUUUGCCAUCGCGUUUGGAGGAGCUCUAGUUACAAUUUUAUUCUGCUACUUUUGCUAUUUAAGAUUAAGAAGGGUAAAAAAAGAUAAGAAAAAAACAAAAAUAUUGUUUGAGCUCGGAGUUCCUACAAAAUAUAAGGACACCAAGAAGGACCAUGAGUUGCAAGUAUUCAACUUCCAAAGCAUAGUGGUUGCUACAAACAAUUUUUCAGAUAAAAAUAAGCUUGGAGAGGGUGGUUUUGGACCUGUUUAUAAGGGAAACUUUCCUGAUGGACAAGUCGUGGCCAUAAAAAGGCUUUCAAGGAGUUCAGGACAAGGAUUAGUGGAGUUCAAGAAUGAGAUUUUACUCAUUGUCAAGCUCCAACACAAUAAUCUUGUUAGGCUUUUGGGAUGUUCCAUUGAAGGGGAUGAAAAGCUGCUAAUCUAUGAGUACAUGCCCAAGAAAAGCCUGGAUUCCUUCUUAUUCGUGGUGACAUGUCUCCGGAGUAUGCAAUGGAGGGUAUUUUUUCAAUUAAGUCUGACGUGUUUAGCUUUGGAGUGUUGUUGCUUGAGAUUAUAAGUGGGAAGAAGAAUCAUAGUUGCUAUCAUUCUGAACGCCCACUCAACCUUAUAGGAUAUGCAUGGGAAUUGUGGAGAGAAAAUAGAGGAUUAGAGCUUGCAGACCCAACAUUGGACAAUUUAUUUCAAGGUAAUGAAGUGCUGAGAUGCAUUCAUGUAGGUCUCGUAUGUGUACAAGAUAAUCCAAUAGAUAAACCAACCAUGUCAGAUGUUGUUUUUAUGCUCACUAAGGAAACUGCACCACUUUCUACACCAAAACAACCAACCUUUUUCAUUGGUGGGAAUGUGCUAGAGGCAGAUACUUCCCAAGGCAUGGGAAAUAUUUGUUCUUUGAAUGAUGUAACAAUUUCAGAGAUGGAAGCUAGGUAAAGGUACCAAUGGUUUCUGGACCAAACAUAUUUGCAGUAUGUAUCUGACUCUGUUUAUAAGGUAGUUUAGAUUAGUCAUCUUUUUUUAUUUUAUCUUAGGAUAUCUUAUUUCUCAAUCACUAUUAGUUUUUGUAGAUUUGAAA